CACCCGCUCCUUUCUAGCGUGAGGGAGCCGGGCGGCCUCUUUCCGGCCCGGCAGUGGGACCGUCGCCGCCCGCCCCUCCCGUUGCAGCACCGCUACAGACGCGCUGACCCCGCGGCCGUGUCGCUAGGCGGCAUCCCGGAGCGGGUGGCGAGGUAUCUACCCGGGCGGGUUGAGGGCGGUGCCAGGGUUGGUCAAAGGUCCGCCCCGCCCCCUGCCUGGCCCGGCUUCGGGGUUGGGGAACAGCGCAGAGAGGUGGGUAGCUGGGCUCCCAGGCACGUGGAUCUCUGCGACGGCGGCUGCACGCAGGCACUGGCACCCGGGAGCCGCGGCGACGGCACGCCGGACGGAGAAGCGCAGCGCAGGGGCGAGAGGGGAGGGCGCUGUGGAGCGGCUGUCGCCCCGGGGCACCGUCGCGAGCCGGCGUGUAGCGCAUAACUGGGCGGCGUGAACGCGCCUGUGGGUCCGUGGUUGAACUUUGUCUCCACGGGAGCGUCGGUCUCGGUGAGUGUGGACGGGCGCCCUGGUUGUGAGGAGGCUGUGCGCGAAGUCUGCAUGUUAGCGGGUGAGUAUGUGCGCCCCUCGGGGCGACUGACCCAGCCUGCCGAACUUGUCUGUGUGUGCUUGGAUGUGAGCGUCCCCGUGGCAUGAGGCGGUGGGCGGUGCCCAGAGGCAUGAACCCCUGAAGAUCCCCUGACCCCUGUCCUGCCCCCAGGGUCACUCUGGGUGGCCGCCUACCAUUGGUAAGGUUGAGGGGGCAGUUGCAGGGAGUGGGCGGGGGAGGAGGGAGUGGGGAGGAAGGACAGUUAAGCCUCUGUCUCGGGACUUUAAAUCUGGCAAAUGCCCCGGUAGGAAGGGUCAGUCAGGAGAAUGGUGAUACCCCACCCCGCAACCCGAAGGCUGCCAGUGGCCCUCUUGGGGUCCUCCAGGAGUGCAGCCCAAGCGUCAGGGACUGCUGGAGACCAGCACUGCCAGUUCGGGAUCCACUGUGGGGUCCACGGCUGCUGUUUCUUUCAGCAUGGCAUCGCCGGGACCACAGCCUGAUCUGCCUGGUUUGUUUUGGAUCUAAGCUGAAAUAAUGAUGAGUUUUGAGGAUCUGGAUGAGGACCCAGGCAAGUUUAUUACCUGUGGGUGGAAGUGGGAGGAAGAAGAUUCUUUGCGCAGACAGGUCCACAAGAGAGCUCUGGAGACUCAGAGAUCUAUGUUCCAAUCCUGUCUUGGCCACUGUGUGGUCUGAGCAAGCCGUCCUUUCUCUGAGCCUCCGUGGCCUCGUCUGUAAGAAGGGACUAAUGAUACGGAAUUUGAGGGCUGUUGAGGAGCUGAUGAGUGUGUCAUGUUCAGCACCAGUGUCCCCCCAUGGGCAGGCUCACAGCUUGGGGAUGGGAAGUCAGUCCCUGGAGGGAGCCUGCCAAAACCAGAAUCCCACAUGUGCCCCUCCCUAGGGCACAAGCCUUCCACAGGACCAAGCCUGAGCCCUGUAGCCUGGGACUUAAGGUCUCUGAUAACUGGGGCCUGCUGGCCUUUCCAGCCACCUCUCCUGCCUGAUUUUUCACCUUGCAGCAGCUGUCUGGAGUCUCUCAUUUCUUGCCCCAGGCCUGUUGCAUAUUCUACACUCCCUGCCUGAUAAGCCUCCUACUCUCACCUUCUUCAACUGGAGAACUACCCAGACUUGGGACCCAGCUCAGAUGGCCCCUCCUCUGGAAAGCUUUCCUUGAUCCCCACAGCUGGGUUGGAGCCUCUUCUAGGCCCCUACAGUCCUGGUGCUGACAGCCCUGGUCCCACCUGGACCGUCAUGAUCUAUGUCUGUCUCCUCCUUUCCUCUUCUCAGGUCUAGGGGGUCCUGAAGGGCAGAAACUGGGUCUGACUCAUUUCUGUGUUGCCAGCAUCCCGCACGAGGCUGAGCUGAACUGAGAGAGCAGCAGCAGCCCCCAUCCCCUGUUUCUGGCCCCAGCUUCUCCAGUAAAGGCCUGGCUGCAGGUGAGCUCCAUGUCACUACAAAGAAGGGCAAACCAGAAUAUGGUUAUCAAAGUGGGUGGCACAGUUUGCCAGAACAGUGUGAUCUGGGACACUGCAGGACCUAGAGUGCCCAGGCUAAAGACCUGGAUUUUAUCCUGAAGGCAAUUGGGAGCCGUGGAAAUUUAUGAGCAGAGGAGUUUCAUGGUCAGGUGGCAUUUCAGAAAGAGCUCUCUGGCUGCAGGAUGGAGAAUGGAUCAAGUAGUGCCAAGUGCAGGAAGGUCAGGGCAUUUGUGAUGUCAACAUUAGAACUGUCCCAGGAGUUGUUUAAACCCUAAUUGAGUCCUUGCCCGUUGGCCAAACACUUUUCCCUGAGCCUUCAGAUGCUCCUGCUGAGGAAUUUGGGGACCUGCAAUAGAUCUCAUUCCAGCUCUGCUCCCAGCUUGUUGGAUGACCAGUUCCUGCCCUGCUAGGGUCUAAAAGGAGGCCAGAACAAGUAAGAUCCUGCAUGGCAGAGUAUAUGUGUUGGGAGGCCCUGGCACAAAAGGUUUGUCACUCUUUCUCCUUUUCUCCCUGUCUGGGGCUUUCUUGGAGUCUGGUCAGAGGAGUUGGGUAUCCCAGUGGGUAACCCUCAGAAAUGACUACCAAACUUGGGCUGUGUCGUGAGGCUGUGGCUCCUCUGUUUCUGUCUCCCUCCCGCCCUGGAUGCAUAAGGCUCUAAGAAGGUGUGAGGGUAUCACCAGGGCCUCAUGAGUGACCUUAUGAGAGCUUUGACUUAAUGGCUAUAGUCUUUAGAGAGGCCAUUGUCCCUCUCUAGGUGUCAGUUCUGCCAUCUGUAAAUUGAGAAUGGUGAUCCUUGCUUCUUUGAGGGCAAAGUUGCUACAAGGAUUAAGAUAGUGAUCAGGGAAAAGCUUUAUAAGCCUUAAACUGCAGUGCUUGGAGAAGGAAUGUGAUGCUCAUAGACUUAAAUUCAUUUUGAAGACUAUAAGAGAACAUGGGUGCAAUAGCAAGGGAUUGUGCUGGUUAUUGAAAUUUAAUUACUGAAUGCCUUCCUCCCCUACCCGCUCUGCAGAGAUGGCUUCACUAGUAAUGAUUUGCAAUAAUCCAUUUUGUCUUCCUAUAGACCUGUGAGGCAGGAAUUGGAUCUCCAUUUUGCAGAUCAGGAAAUAGAGGCAUGGAUUGUAUCUUGCCCAGGGUCACCAAGCUGAGGUGAAACCUGGGGCUCCAGUCCACCUGCGAGCUUAGCCCUCCCCAUCUGAGACAGAGCCCUGUCGGGGUCGGGCCUGGUCCUCUGGCUUCCAGGCUGAGAGGAGUUUGAAUUGUGCCCUGGGAACCUGUGUUUGGGGCUUUCCUGUGGCCAGAUUACUCAACUGCUGAUAAGAUAACGCCUGCCCAGACCUGCCCACAGGACCAGAGAUGCCUUGUUGAUCUGGUCUGAGGAGAGCCUCUGGGUGUGGACCUGGCUUCCUGUUUCCAGCUCAGAUGACCCCUCCUCUGCAGAAGCGCUCCCUGACCACCUCCCCCAGGCCAGGAAACCACAUGACCGCAGUGUGAAAGGUGGACAGACAGGGCAGGGGUGGAGGCACAGAGGCCAGUGAGGAGGCUGGUGCUGUGGACUGCGGAAAAACAGGCCUGAGGCUGCAGUGUGGGGACCAUGUGGUGCAUGUCCGAGGAAUUUCACUGGUUGAACUAACAGGACUUGGUAUCUGAGGUGCUGGUGGAGGGUGAGACCUGCCCACACAGAGGGUCCCCUCCACCAGGCAACUGUCCCCUCCCUGAAACCCUGUGCUUGGUGUACACAAGGGGCUCCAAGGAGCCCCUUGCGGCAGCAGCAUUGCCUGCCCAGAAAAAUGCUGGAGGCUAGGCGUGGCCCCAGGCCUGGGGACCUGUUUUUCCUGUUUCCGGCAGAGUUCCCUGCAGCCCAGUCCAGGCGGGUGCAUUCACGAGUGAGGAACCCGAGCAGACGCUAAGCAUCCUGACCUGGACAGCGGGCCUGGUCAGGGCGAUGGCGGCAGACCUGGGCCCCUGGAAUGGCACCUUCAAUGGCACCUGGGAUGGGGAUGAGCUGGGCUACAGGUGCCGCUUCAACGAGGACUUCAAGUACGUGCUGCUGCCUGUGUCCUACAGCGUGGUGUGCGUGCUUGGGCUGUGUCUGAACGCCGCGGCGCUCUACAUCUUCUUGUGCCGCCUCAAGACCUGGAAUGCAUCCACCACAUACAUGUUCCACCUGGCUGUGUCUGAUGCGCUGUAUGCGGCCUCCCUGCCGCUGCUGGUCUAUUACUACGCCCGCGGCGACCACUGGCCCUUCAGCACCGUGCUCUGCAAGCUGGUGCGCUUCCUCUUCUACACCAAUCUUUACUGCAGCAUCCUCUUCCUCACCUGCAUCAGCGUGCACCGGUGUCUGGGUGUCUUACGCCCUCUGCGCUCCCUGCGCUGGGGCCAGGCCCGCUACGCUCGCCGGGUGGCCGGGGCCGUGUGGGUGUUGGUGCUGGCCUGCCAGGCCCCUGUGCUCUACUUUGUCACCACCAGCACACGUGGGGGCCGCGUGACCUGCCACGACACAUCGGCGCCCGAUCUCUUCAGCCGCUUUGUGGCCUACAGCUCAGUCAUGCUGGGCCUGCUCUUCGCGGUGCCCUUUGCCAUCAUCCUUGUCUGUUACAUGCUCAUGGCUCGGCGGUUGCUAAAGCCGGCCUACGGGACCUCGGGUGGCCUGCCUAGGGCCAAGCGCAAGUCCGUGCGCACCAUCGCCUUGGUGCUGGCUGUCUUUGCCCUCUGCUUCCUGCCCUUCCAUGUCACCCGCACCCUCUACUACUCCUUCCGCUCGCUGGACCUCAGCUGCCACACCCUCAACGCCAUCAACAUGGCCUACAAGGUCACCCGGCCGCUGGCCAGUGCUAACAGUUGCCUUGACCCGGUGCUCUACUUCCUCGCUGGGCAGAGGCUCGUACGUUUUGCCCGAGAUGCCAAGCCACCCACUGACCCCAGCCCUGCCACCCCAGCUCGCCGCAGGCUGGGCCUGCGCAGAUCCGACAGAACUGACAUGCAGAGGAUAGAAGAUGUGUUGGGCAGCAGUGAGGACUCUAGGCGGACAGAGUCCACGCCGGCUGGUAGCGAGAACACUAAAGACAUUGGGCUGUAGGAGCAGAACACUUCGGCCUGCGCAGGUUUAUAUUGGGAAGCUGCAGGGGACCAGGACUUGUGCAGAUUGUACGGUCUCCCCAGAUAUGGACCAUCAGUGACUCAUGCUGGAUGACCAAGGAAGCCAUGACCCCAUGCUCCGUCAUUUGACAGGGGCUCAGGAUAUUCGCUCUGUGGUCCAGAGUCAACUGUUCCCAUAACCCCUAGUCACCAUUUGUGUGUAUGAAUUGGGGGAAUUAAGUUUCAAGAAAGGCGAGAGUUAAGGUCAGUGACACCCCUGGCCUGACUCUCAUGCAAGUAGCUGGCUGUACUGCCAAGGUACCUAGGUUGGAGUCCAGCCUAAUCAAGUCAAAUGGAGAAACAGGCCCAGAGAGGAAGCUGGCUUACCAAGGUCACAUACCAGAGUCUGUAGCUGAGCUACCUGGGGUGGCAGCCAGGUCACAGAUUGGCCAGAAAACCCUGGUAAGUAAUGAGGGCUGAGUUUGCACAGUGGUCUGGAAUGGACUGGGUGCCACGGUGGACUCAGCUCUGAGGAGUACCCCCAGCCCAAGAGAUGAACAUCUGGGGACUAAUGUCAUAGACCCAUCUGGAGGCUCCCGUGGGCUGGGAGCCAGUGUGAGGCUGUAACUUAUACUAAAGGUUGUGUUGCCUGCUGA